CGCGUUCAUCAACCGCUGCGCGCCGCGACGCUCGAGUCGCUCGAGCAGAUCCCGACGCCGGCCUUCGGGUCCACGAUGGGCGACGACGUGACAAGGCUCAAGGCGCAGAUCCUCCACUACGGCGCGACGCUCGACCGGGGCCAGGGCUACAACCCGACGUCCGGCGACCAGUACAAGGGCAAGAUGGACGCCGCCAUCGCCAAGGUCGACGAGCUCGUCGCCCGAAGCACCGGCGCCGUCGCGGACCCCGCCAAGCUCGAGGGCCGCUGGGAGCUCGUGUUCUCGUCCGUGCCGCACGGCAUCUUCCGGAGCAGCCCCUUCUUCCUGGCCAUCGAGGAGGCCUACCGCCGCGUGGGCACGCCGGAGAAGGCGAGCCUCUUCUUCAAGCUGCACGAGCUGCAGACGUGCUCGUGGGGCGCGUCGAAGAUCGGCCGCGUGAGCCAGACCGUCGACGUCGCGAACAAGAUGCUCUACUCCGAGUUCGACACGCAGCUCUUCUCGUUGACCGUGAUCCCCGUGCUCGGCUGGUUCAAGCUGCUGCCGACCUUCGGGGGCUGCGUCGUGACGGCGUCGAAGCUCGACGUGCAGGACGCGAGCCUCGAGCUCGAGGUCGACUACACGACGGCGAAGCCCGUCGAGGGCCUCAGCGGCCUCGGCGAGUGGAUCUGGAAGGUCAAGGUGCCCGUCGGCGCCGUCUGGAAGCUCCUCCCCUGGAACAAGGGCAACGCGCCGACGGCGUCCGUCGCCUGCAAGUACCUC